AUGGCUGAUUUGCGAACUCGUCGGGUUGUAACGGGCCACGACGCAGAAGGAAAGGCAGUCUUCCUACAAGAUGAUUCUCUGGUCUCUCUGAAUCCCAUGACAGGGAAACCGCCCGAGGGUAGCAAUGCGGGCAUCACAAACAUUUACAGAACCCAAGGUGUCCCGCCUGACAUCAAUGCACCCUUUGUCGACUACUACGGAAAACUCAUUCCUCUCGUCGACGAGUCUGGUAUUUACUGUCGGAUCUGCCACUUUCUUCCGGUGUCCAACCCAGACGAAGAUACCCUGAACAUAGAACAUCGCACACAGAGCAUAGACUUCGGAGUUGUCCUUGAAGGCGAGAUUCAAUUGACCCUUGAUGAUGGUGCGAAGAGAAUGUUGCGGAAAGGCGACGUGGUGGUUCAGCAAGGCACGAUGCACGACUGGAGCAAUGUGUCGGAUCGGGUUUGCAGUGUAUUCUUUGUGCUCAUCCCUUCGAACAAAGUCAAGGUGGAGAAGUCGGGCGAGCAUCUUGAGGCUACCAAAUGGCCUGGGACUGACUAG